CUCCAUGUGGCAUCCGUCAGCAUGACGCCCCUCGCGCCCAUCUCCCACUGCAACAGCACCCAGCGGCGGACGAAGGUGUUCGGGGCGCCGCUCGCCGCGAUUCAACUCGGUCCAGUGGAUGGAGCGGGGAGGAGGCGGCGGACGAGCCCAGCGUGUGAACCUGCCAACCACUCAGCUUCCUGCAGCACAGAACCCACCUCUGCACACUUGGGGACAUUAAUGUCCCCUGUUUGCUUGCCUCUUCCUUUUUGGAGUUACAGACAAGGAUGCCUUUGAGUCGCCCGGUCCAGCUGCACGGCCACAUUCACAGGCACAAACACUACCUCCCUGUGUCAUCACUUUCUACCCUGAGAAAUAGCAGAGGGCGUUCAAAAAAAGGAGAGAAGGGAGAAAUCAGGAUGAUCCGCAUGAUUUGGGGGACACUGGAUGAAACAUUGUAGUGGGAAGAUGUGCCACUUUAAUUAUGUAUAUUUCAGGAACCGAUUCUCUGUAUGAGACUGGAAAGUGACAUUUAGGUGUGGCCUGUUUUCUUUCUGUGUUGUUGCUCAGUUGUUACUCUCUUCCUGGAGUACACGAUGCUCAGAUCAUUGCUCAUCACUAUCUCUCACGCUGCUCCUCCUUCCUCUAUAGGUGCUGCAUUUGUGUUCACCACUGGCUCGCUCGCUCUCUCUCUCUCUCUCUCUCUCUGUCUCUGUCUCUGUCUCCCCUCCCCCUUGUGAACACGCACACUCACGCACUCACAGAAACUAAAGAGUUCCCCUAUCUGUCAGAGCUAGUUCCUCCAUUUAAGAUGCUGACUUGUUUAUGAUGAAAGGACAAGUGCAUGACUUCUGUUAGCUGCUGUAGUCUACUUUAACGCUUUUCUCGCGGCAUGUAUGCUGUGCUGGAGGCAGAGGGGCAAGUCUUUUUUUGUUGCUGAUUUGUGGUUGACAGAUCUUCAGAUAGCGGCGUGGGGGAGGCGGCCUGACAGGCAGAGCGGCGUAAGAAGCAGAGUUUAGCCCAGUGGAUGAGUGGCAGGUGGGCCGCUUGGUCCCGUGUCCGCUCUCGCUGUCCUGGGCGCAACAAACAUCUAGAGGCCGUGGAGGAGGAGGUGGUGGAGCAGGGUCAAGCAUGGAGCAGUAGGGACACGCUCAGAUGCCCGAGCGGAUCACCGGUGGAGGAGGAGUGCUGCCGAGGACGAAAGCUCUGCAAUGAACAAGACCAAGAGGAAACCCAGCGAGAGUCCUGGCGUGCUGAAGAGCAGGAAGCUGGUCCAGCGCCGGAGGAACACAUGUCCCAGCCCUCAGGACAUCAGCCGGGCCCUGCAGAGCCCCAGCUCUGCCCCCAGCGCCAGCGCUGCCAGCCUGGAUGAGCUCAUACAGCGCUGCCUCAACUACUUCGAUUCAGAGGGGAAGCUUUCCAGCCCCCGGGGGUCCCAGCUUGUCCACAUGACUCUGAUGAUGCACAGCUGGGUUGUGCCGUCUCAGACGUUCGCCCAGAAGCUUCGCACUCUUUAUACGGAUUGUCUCUCGGACAAGCGAGGACUGAGGCGGACGCAGAUCUGCCACCUUGUCAGGCAGUGGAUGAGCCAGUUCCCGGCCGUGUUCGAGGCGGACCCCCUCCUGGAGCAGGUCAUGGGGGACCUGUGUGCGCUGGUGCGCUCGGACGGACAGGAGGCGCACUCGCAGCUCAUCUACACGUCCUGCAUAAGCUCUCGUGGGAACGUAUCCCAGGCUCCGUCGCCCUCCGUGAAGAAGAGGAAGGUUUCUUUGAUCUUCGACCACAUGGAACCAGAUGAAAUGGCCGAACAUCUCAGCUACCUGGAGUUUAAGAACUUCUGUAACGUUUCUUUCCUGGACUACCGCAGCUACGUGGUGCGCGGCUCGGUGAGGGACAACCCUGCUCUGGAGCGCUCGGUCAUGAUGUGCAACGGCGUCUCCCAGUGGGUCCAGCUGAUGAUCCUCAGCCGCCACACGGCCCAGCAGCGAGCGCAGGUCUUCACCAAGUUCAUCCACGUGGCCCAGAAACUUCGAGCUCUGCAAAACUUCAACACUCUAAUGGCCGUAACCGGGGGCCUCAGUCACAGCUCCAUCUCCCGCCUCAAAGACACCUACAACCUGCUCCCCCCAGACAUCACUAAGGCCCUGAGUGAGAUGACGGAGCUGCUGUCGUCACGCAGCAACUACAUCAACUACCGGCGGGUUUACAGCGAUUGCAGCGGCUUCAAGGUGCCGAUCCUGGGCGUCCACCUCAAGGACCUGAUCUCGCUGAACGAGGCUCUGCCCGACUACAUCGACGAAGACAAGAUCAACCUGAGCAAGCUGCAGCACCUGUACAGCAACAUCAACGACCUGCUGGCCAUCCACAGCUGCACGCCGCCCUUCGAGGCCAACAAGGACCUCCUGCACCUGCUCACGCUCUCUCUAGAUUUAUACUACACUGAGGACGAGAUAUAUGAACUUUCAUACACCAAGGAACCCAAGAAUCCCAAGAUCCAGCCUGUAGCUCCAGUCAAAGCCCCAGUAGUUGCAGAGUGGGGCUCAGGGGUCACCCCCAGACUCGACCCUGACACCAUAUCUAAACACGUCAAACAGAUGGUGGAUUCCAUCAUGAAGAACUACGACCAGAACCAGGACGGCUACAUCUCUCGGGAGGACUUUGAGAAAAUAGCAGCCAACUUCCCCUUCUCCUUCUGCACUCCUGAAACUGACAGGGAGGGACAAAUCAGCCGUGAAGAAAUUACCUCUUACUUCAUGAGGGGAAUGUCUAUAUGUGCUAAACUGGGCUACAACUUCAAUGACGCACACAACUUUCACGAAACCACAUACAAACUGCCAACGUUCUGUGACGUAUGUGGAGGCUUUCUGUGGGGAGUCAUUAAACAGGGAUACCACUGCAAAGACUGUGGGAUCAACUGUCACCGACACUGUAGGGAUCUGGUGGGAUUAGAGUGUCUGAAGAAGCACAAAAACAGUGGGUCCUGCCCGUGCACCCCUGGCCCCGACUCAAAGAUCAAGGGCAACAGCUGCAGUUCAGAGGACGAGACCUUUGUUUUCCCCCAAAGCAACGAGACAGAACACAACAAGAGCACGGCGCUUUGGAGAAAUAACAGCAGCGAUUCAACUCUGUCAGACCGCUCCACUCAGACUGACCCUGGAGUGUGGACGCCCGACAAGAGGGACAGGAGGGGAAACAACCACCACUCCCUGGCACAUGCAUCUCCAGACAGAAAGGCCAACACGCUGCCAACCAGAAGCCGAGGUUGCUCCAUGCCCGUGUCCUUCCUGCAGGAGAAGAUGGAGGAGAUGCACCUCUACAAAGACAAGAGCCGAGAGCCGGACUGAGCCCUGGCCUGCCUGUGUUGGACACAUGGACAAAGACCCAGACGACGCCGUGCCUCUGACUGAGCCGGUGUGGGACUGAUGACAAUAACUGGCCAUUCGCUUCCGAGUGCCGGCAAUGAUAAAUGGACUCCUUGCUCAGAUGUGGUUCUGACAUGUUUGUAAUUUUAUUGUUGUCAGUCUAAUUAGUUUGACUUAUUUAGGCUUCAAACAGGAGUUUUCCUACUGUAAUUUAAGAAUGUUAUCUUGUGCCUUGGUUCUCUGGUGCUAAGAUUCCACACACUCAGUGCAGUCGGCCUUUUGUGGCAACAGUUUCCUGAUCACAGACACAUCAAUGCUGGGUAAGAAAUUAACACUAACCUCAACAGGCCUGGUUCCUUUCAGCUUCGGCAGCUACAGCGCAUGAAACCUCUGCUCGUGAAUUUGGACAUUAAGCCAGCAAUGAAAUACGACUGUGUAGGUUUGGUGAUAUGCGUACUUAAUGUGGCUUUUAGGCCUGACGGUAGCAGCCACUGGAACAUUUCAUGCCAUGGUUGAUCACCUUUACUAGGCCGUGUUCAUCAGAUUAGUUUAAGAUACUUUAUUGAUCUCCUUGGGAAAUUGUUUUCUCUGCAUUUGACCCAUACCCUCACACGGGGAGCUAGUGCGAUGUGUCUUGCUCAUAGACACAAUUCUUGUGGGAUCAACUGGGUUCAAACUGGUGACCUUCUCCUUCACAGGCCACUAAGUCUAAUUAGUUUGACUUUUUUGACUAGUUUUUAUCACAAUGUAAAACUAUGUCCUCUGUAGCAACUUCGUGUGAACAUCUUCCAUCCACUGUUGGAAAGUAAUGAAAAGAGCUUCUGAGCAUCAUCAAUUGGCAGAAUCGUCUGCAGAGAAUGGUCAUUUUGUGCCCUGAUGAAGGUGUCAUUAACAUUCACACCCAUGCUCCAAAAUUGGUUUUAUUUUUAGUUGAUAUUUUUGCCAUUUGUCCAAAAUUUCCAUUUUGUUAAAAUUAACAAGUACAGAAACAUUAAUAAAACAGGCUGUUUAUGUUCGGUGUGAUGCAA